ACAUGACCGGCGCUAGGACCUGGCAAAAGCAAACGGAUCCCUUCAGCUCCUCAAGCAACGAGGAACGAGAUGACGACAGCGCGCUAACAACUUAGCCGGAUAGCUAACGCUAUCUGGUGUACGUGCGGUGGAGGUGAAUUCACAUGAAAUAGCAGUAUAACCCCAAACAUUUAACAUUUUAUUUUAGCUCAGUCACCAGGUUAUUUAAUUAUGCCGAGCAAAAAGAAGAAGUACAACGCCAGAUUCCCUCCGGCAAGGAUCAAGAAGAUUAUGCAAACAGAUGAGGAGAUAGGAAAAGUGGCUGCAGCGGUUCCUGUCAUCAUAUCCAGAGCUCUGGAGCUGUUCCUGGAGUCUUUGCUCACAAAAGCCUGUCAAGUCACGCAGUCGAGGAACGCAAAGACCAUGACGAUGUCCCACCUAAAACAGUGCAUCGAGUUGGAGCAGCAGUUCGAUUUCCUAAAGGACCUGGUAGCAACGGUACCGGACAUGCAGGGCGAAGGGGAGGACAACCACAUCGAAGGCGGAGGGGAAAAAGUCCAGCGCAGAGGCAGAAGAGCGGGGACGGGCCGUAAAAACGGAGGGGCUGGCUCCAAAGGCAAAGAAAAGAAACUGUCAGGAACAGAAUCGGAGCAAGAGGAUGACUCUGAGGACAGCGAGACAGACGGAGACGAGGACGGCUCUCAGUCCAGCACAAAUCUGCAGGCGGCGUCCAGGUUCCACAGCCCCAACGCGCCCCCCCUCUACACGAGCAACACGGUGACAAUGGGCGGCUUGGUUCCAGCGCAGCCUCUGGGGGCCGUGGCCUUCGCCCCCCAUCCCUCCGCAGUGAGCAACGCGCAGCCCCCCCCACCUCCCGCGCCGCACAGAGUCGAGGAGGACAGCGACGAAGACUAUGACUCUUAGCUCCGCCCCCUCACGCUCUCUCCCUCCCCCUGUCCGUGUCUCUCAAACGGGGAUCCUGUACGGUUGUUUUCACGUUCUUCCGUUGAUCCGCUGCGCUACGCGGCGGCGGCGGGAAAGACUCUGAAGGGAACUGAAAGAGACCCCUCCGUUCUACGAGAGGCAGACGGCGCCGUUGUACUUGACACCUUUUAAUUUACUUUCUUUUUAAGGCUUUUAUUUGUGGAAAAAAAAAAAGUCAGUGGAGAACGUUUUUUAAAAGCUUUUUGCAGGAUGGGAGAGCUUCGGGUUUGGGCACUUUUUUGUUUUGUUUGUUUUCUCCUGAAAAAACCUGAAACAGUGACACAUAUCAGUGACCCUCAGGUCGGCUGGAGCGGUGCGGCGGUCGCUAGUUAGAGCUUUCCUCCAGUAUUUCAUGCUCGCACUGAGACGACGGGUGGAGCUGGUUGGCCCCUGGGGGCCGCUCAAGUGUUAUUAACCUGUCACCCCUUAGCUCCUGCUGUAAAAAUCCAUCAGAUCCAUGUUUUACUUUUAUUUUUUGUUUUGUUUGCUAAAUCCUUUUAAAAGAACCAAAAUAAAGAAGUUGCUUUAGGUUUUUCCCUCCUUCCUUUUUUAUUUUAGCUGAGACUUUUAUGCAGGCGAGCCCCACAGCCCACCCACCCACCCCCGCACCUCGGGGCCGGGGAACGGUUUCAGCCGGUCGGAGCUCGUAACUUUUCCCACAACCGCCACGCAGUGAGACUCCUCAAGGUUCUUUCCGUUUGGCUCCUGAACGUUUCUUUCCCCCCUCUUUUAGAUUGUUUUAAAUGACGGCAGAAACGGGGGCUCCCUUGUAUUUGUUGGUAUGAAAUGGUUGCAAACGGGCAGUUCUCGCCGUACUGUAAACUUUUAACAUUCGUUUUAUUUUGUACGGGUGAAAUAAAGUUCCUAUUUCCAAUAG